GCUUCAGCUGUUGUCAGCAAGAUCAAUGUACGUAGGGAACGUGUUUUGAAACAGGUUCUUAAAUACGUAGAAGUCCUUGACGCAACGGUUCAUGAAAAACACUGUCCAUGUAUAUUUCUUGUUGUAGUAAGAAGAGUCAGUGAGAUCGGGCUAAAAAUGGAGGAUCAAGUCGAGAAAUUGAAUAAGAAAAGGGCACCUAAUCUUGUGAAAGACUUCAUCGCCGGUGGUGUUGGUGGGUCAUGCAGUGUGUUGUCAGGCCACCCUUUUGACACCAUCAAGGUGAGGAUUCAAACCAUGCCCAAACCGCGAUUAGGAGAAAAACCAAUUUACACGGGAACCUUCGACUGUGUGAUUAAGACUGUCAAGUUAGAGGGCUUCACAGGGCUCUACAAGGGCAUGGGAGCGCCCUUGGUUGGAGUGGCUCCCAUCUUUGCCCUAAUGUUCAUGGGUUUCGGCUUCGGGAAGAAGAUUCAGCAGAACGAUCCGGACGAGGAACUCACCAACGCCCAAUUGGGCAUCGCCGGGGGUGUGGCUGGCGUUCUUACAACGGUGGUCAUGGCUCCUGGCGAGCGUAUCAAGUGCAUUUUGCAAGUUCAACAAGCAGCCACGGGUCCGCCCAAAUAUAAGGGCCCCGUGGACGUGGUCCAGUCUUUAUAUCGGACCGGGGGAAUCCGCAGUAUCUACCGAGGCACGUGCGCCACUCUAUUACGCGAUAUUCCAGCCAAUGCAGCCUACUUCACCAGUUAUGAGAUCAUCAAACGCAAUAUGGCGCCGGCAGGAGGCGACCCUAGCCAACUUAGUUUAGGACGGACUCUUUUGGCUGGAGGCCUAGCGGGGAUUUGCAAUUGGGUGGUGGCCCUGCCUCCUGAUGUGAUCAAGAGUCGUCUCCAAACGGCCCCAGAUGGAACCUACAAUGGAGUUCGGGAUUUAUUCCGGCAUUUAUUGAAGGAAGAAGGUCCCAAGGCUCUGUUCCGAGGAUUUGUUCCGACCAUGCUCAGGGCUGUCCCGGCCAAUGCUUGUUGCUUCUUAGGUUACGAGGUGACUAUGUCAUCUUUGGACAAAUUCCUUCCCAAUCUUUAACCCCAAUUUUAGACGCGUAGCUCUCAGUGCACCAAGUGCCAUGUUAGUGCAAUUUCCACUGACUUAAGUUGACCCCAUCGUUUUCUUUCACUCUUGUCCAACGUGUUCGUGAAGUCCCUUGUCAGAUCGCUCAACCAUCUUGCCUUGAACAUUCACUUUACCCGCUCUUCAGCAAUUUCGCUGUCUCAAUCGAUUAUGGUUUGCAUGCAAACCAUAUUCUUACCUUAAUAGUCCAGAAGUGCUAGUUGAAACUGAGUUUACGGUCUAUGUAAAUAAAAGUCUAUCAAGUGUCAA